AUGAUGUCAGCAUCAUCGGAAGAAGAAGUGGUCUUGAAGUAUGCGAAGUUGACGGAGCACGCCAUCGCACCAACGAAGCAUAAAGGCUCGUCCGUCAUGUUCGAACUUUACAGCGCCUAUGACUACGUUAUCGGACCUCUAAGUACCUUCCAGCCCAUGAAAUACACCGAAUUGACGGAGGAGUUGGAAAGAAACUUCCUGAGGCUCUUGCCAGCGACCCAGACGGAUGAGCGGGCUGUGAGGUUGAACGGCUGCGUGGAGAUCGUAGUGGUGCUCUGA